AUGAGCGGCAAGAAGGAGACCGUCCUCGAUCUCGGGAAGUUCAUCGACAAGGGCGUCCGGGUCAAACUCAGCGGCGGCCGCGAGGUGACCGGGACGCUGAAAGGGUUCGAUCAGCUCUUAAACCUCGUCCUGGACGAGUGCGUCGAGAGCCUGCGCGAUCCCGAGGACCCUCUGAAGAUAUCCGACAAGACGCGGAAACUCGGGCUGAUCGUGUGCCGCGGGACGUCCGUGAUGGUCGUGAGCGGGUUGGACGGCAUGGAGGAGAUCGCGAACCCGUUCACGGAGGGUGGGGAGGCGGUGAUGGACGGGCCCGCGGAGUGAUCGUUCGAUCGUUCGUUCGAUCGAUCCGUCGAUCUCGCGCGGGGGCGAUUUUUAGGGCGGGGCCGAGAGGACGGCGAUCGAGGGAGCGCGCGGCGGCUCGGGGGAGGGAUAGACGAUUAUAAUAGUAACGCGAGACUUCGCCC